ACAGUCUUUUGACAACAAACACAAACAUGGUGGAUGUGGAUGUGAGUAGUUGAUAGACGGACAUUUACUUUAACAUUCCUUUAUUUGAAAACGUGACAUGAUCUCGAGAUGAUGCUAAUAAAUGUUUGUUUAUUUUUAUUAUCUUCCACAAAAUUAGCUUUAGCAGAGUACUAUGAAUACUAUGAAUGCAACACACCUUUAUUCACAAAAGCAGCAGUUAGUGCUACUUCGGCUAUGAAUGAAAGGGGCCCCAAGAAUGCAGUCCUAUAUGGUGGAUCGGCUUGGAGUCCCAGAGAAAGUACUUAUUUCGAAAAACUAACCCUCGAUCUGGGCUACAGGUACGAGAUCAGAUUCAUCGCGACUCAGGGCCGAGGUGGAGGCUCUCAUGAGUUCGUUACUGAAUACAUUAUCGAGUACUCGGACGAUGGUGAAGGUUGGAAGAGUUUCCAUGAUUCGGAGGGAGAGACUGAGAUGUUUCCUGGCAAUGUAGACGGUGACACUAUUCAUAAAAAUGAAUUUGAAGUGCCAAUCAUUGCCCAAUGGAUUAGAAUAAACCCUACGCGAUGGCGAGAUCGUAUAUCUCUCAGGGUCGAAUUGUUUGGCUGUGAAUAUGAGGCUGACAACAUGUUCUUCAAUGGCAGUUCGUUAUUGAAAUAUGAUUUAUAUAGAGAACAGGUAUCCGCCCUAAAAGAAAGCAUAAAAUUCAGAUUCAAAACUACCUCACCAAAUGGAAUUCUCUUAUACAGUAGGGGUACUCAAGGAGACUAUAUAGCUUUACAAAUUAGGGAUAAUAGGAUGUUGUUGAAUAUCGAUUUAGGUUCUGGUAUCGUUACAAGCCUUUCUGUGGGAAGUUUAUUGGACGACAAUAUCUGGCACGACGUUGUGAUAUCGAGAAAUAGAAGGGAUAUUUUAUUCUCUGUAGAUAGAGUGGUUGUGACUGAAAAAAUUAAAGGAGAAUUUCAGAGACUAAAUUUAAAUAGAGGAUUUUAUGUAGGAGGUGUUCCUAAUGUCCAAGAAGGAUUGGUUGUUGUGCAGAACUUUACGGGAUGCAUGGAAAAUAUGUACCUUAAUUCAACGAAUCUUUUUAAAGAAGUGAAAGCUGCUUACAGUUACGGAGAGAGUUUCAAAUUUGAAAAAUUCAACGUUCUUUAUAACUGCCCGGAACCACAAAUUGUUCCAGUUACUUUUAAGACUCAGCAUUCCUUUGCCAAGUUGAAGGGAUAUGAAGGAAUGGCCAACAUGAAUUCCUCUUUCGCCUUUAGAACUUACGAAGAUAACGGACUUAUGCUUUAUCACGCAUUUUCAACUAGCGGUUAUGUUGCUAUCUACUUAGAAGUUGGCAAACUAAAAGUGGAGCUUGUGUCUCCCAACAAUCCAAAAGUGAUCUUUGACAACUACGAAGAGCAAUUCAAUGACGGAAGAUGGCAUACAGUUGUACUAACGAUAUCAACCAACAAGAUUAUCUUCAGUGUCGAUUAUAGGCCAAUGGUGACAACGCGUGUGUUGAAGAUUGUGACGGGAGGCAUCUAUUUCAUUGCAGGUGGAGUUAGUGCUGCUUUAGGAUAUACCAAUACUAUCUUCCCAGGAUUUGUUGGAUGCAUGCGGACUAUAAGGAUUGAUGGUAACAGUAAAUUGCCUACAGAUUGGACUCAGGAAGAAUAUUGUUGUGGCGAAGAAGUAGUGUUCGACUCCUGUCGUAUGACAGAUAGAUGCAAUCCAAAUCCUUGUCAACAUGGAGGUGUUUGUAAACAAAAUUCAAUGGAAUUUUUCUGUCGUUGUAAGGGUACUGGUUAUGGAGGAGCAGUGUGCCACAGUUCCAUUAAUUCGCUUUCUUGUGUGGCUUACAAAAAUGUGCAGGCGGUGGGCCAACGUGCGGAAAUUAAGAUUGACGUCGACGGUAGCGGACCUCUAGCUCCUUUCCCGGUAACGUGCGAGUUCUAUGCUGAUGGCCGUGUAGGAACUGUAUUACAUCACAGUAACCAAGAAACUACUUCCGUGGAUGGAUUCCAGGAACCUGGAAGUUUCAUACAAGAUAUUCAUUACGAAGCUGACGACGACCAGAUAGCUGCGUUGAUCAACAGAAGCAGUACGUGUAGGCAACACAUACAAUACGCAUGCAAGGGUGCACGUUUAAUGAAUUCACCAUCACAGGAAAAUGAGUUCAUUCCUUUCUCUUGGUGGGUAUCGAGACACAAUCAAAAGAUGGACUAUUGGGGUGGGGCCUUAGCAGGUUCAAGAAAAUGCGAGUGUGGAAUAUUAAGCAGUUGUACGGAUUCCACGAAAUGGUGUAACUGUGAUGGUGUUCAAAAUGCCGAUAUUUGGCAAGUGGACGCAGGUGACUUAACUGACAAGGAGACCCUUCCGGUUAAGCAACUUCGUUUUGGUGACACAGGCAGUGCCCUCGAUGAAAAAGAAGGACGUUAUACGUUGGGACCACUGAUUUGUGAAGGAGAUGAUUUGUUUAACAACGUCGUUACAUUCCGGGUGGCAGAUUCCACCAUCAACUUACCUACAUUCGACAUGGGCCAUAGCGGUGAUAUAUAUUUCGAAUUCCGAACUGCUUCAGCCAGUGCCGUACUAUUCCAUUCCACAGGACCUUCGGAUUAUAUUAAGUUAAGUAUAGUUAACGGAAAUCAACUUCAGUUCCAAUACCAAGCAGGUUCAGGUCCUAUUGCUGUGAUUCGAGAGGUUUCUUACAGAUUAAACGACGAUGAAUGGCAUUCUGUAUCGGUGGAACGUAACAGAAAAGAAGCUAUGAUUGUAAUCGACGGUGCCCUCAAAGCUGAAGUAAGAGAACCACCAGGGCCAGUAAGAGCAUUGCAUCUGACAUCUGAGCUCUUUAUUGGAGCGUCGACAGACUAUAGAGAUGGUUUUACUGGUUGCAUCCGAGCUUUACUAAUUAACGGUCUUCACAUCGAUCUUCGUCAAUACGCAAGAAUGGGUCUUUACGGUAUACAAGAGGGCUGCGUGGGAAAAUGCCAGAGCGGCCCAUGUUUGAACAACGGUACGUGCCAUGAGAGAUACGAUUCCUAUAUGUGCGAUUGUCGUUGGACCGCAUUCAAAGGACCGAUUUGCGCUGAUGAGAUCGGUGUUAAUUUGAGACAAAGUUCUCUCAUUCGGUACGACUUCGAAGGUUCAUUUAGGAGUACUAUUGCAGAACAUAUACGAGUUGGAUUCACUACUACCAAUCCUAAAGGUUUCCUUUUGGGAUUAAUAUCAAAUAUGACCGGCGAAUACAUGACCAUCAUGGUAUCAAAUUCUGGUCAUUUACGUAUCGUUUUCGACUUUGGAUUCGAACGGCAAGAAGUCAUUUAUCCAGAAAAGCACUUUGCUCUGGGCCAAUAUCACGAUCUGUUAGUUUCCAGGAAGAACGGAGGAUCAACUUUGGUGAUGCAGGUCGAUGGCUAUGAGGCGAAGGAGUUUCAUUUCAAUAUUAAGGCAUCUGCUGACGCCCAGUUCAACAACAUUCAAUACAUGUAUAUCGGAAAGAACGAAUCUAUGACAGAAGGUUUCAUCGGUUGUGUUUCUAGAGUAGAAUUUGAUGAUAUAUAUCCAUUGAAAUUGCUAUUCCAACAACAAGGACCUGGAAACGUCAGAUCAUUAGGAACUAAUUUGACGGAAGACUAUUGUGGUGUCGAACCCAUAACUCAUCCACCCGAUAUCAUUCAAACUAGACCACCACCCAUUUUAGAUGAAGAAAAAUUAAGGAGAGCCUACAACCAAGUUAACUCAGCUGUAUUAGGAAGUGUUCUGGCCAUCGUGUUCAUAGCCCUCGUCAUCCUUCUAAUAAUCAUUGGUAGAUACUUACACCGACACAAAGGAGAAUAUUUGACCCAAGAAGACGCCGGUGCAGACACGGCCUUAGAUCCCGACACGGCCGUUGUGCACGGCGCCACCGGACAUCACGUUCAAAAGAAGAAAGAAUGGUUUAUAUAGAACCGAUAUCGAUUACGUUUAAUAUGUUUUUAUUGAAAAUUGGCCUAAAUAGUACAAGUACCGCUGUAAUAUAGUUUUGUAUUCGAUUUAAGUAAUAUUUUAUCGAUAAUGGUUGCAAUAUGAACAAGUGCUGUACUUUACACCUUAAAAUUAAUAGUGAAAUCAAUUUAUGCCAGUUCGUUCACAGUAGAUAUGCGCAUUUUGCUUAUUUCUGAUAGCUGAACACUUUAUCAUACAGUCGAUUUCCUAUAAAACAUUCCCUAUUUUGAUUUUUAGAACGAAGUUAAAGUUAUAAGGUUAUUAGGUAAAGUACUGUACUAUAAUUUUACGAAGAUGUGUUUCCUAAAUCUUAGUGUAGUUAUUAAAAACAUUUUAAAAUAAAAUUACAUAGAAUAACACAGACAUACAUAAAGUACAUUUGGACGGGAUUCUGCAGAAAGGAACCAAACCACAAAUAUGUGUUUUUCCUGUUAACGGUCUUAUAGGUUGUAAAAUACCCCGUAGAUACUUGUACAGAAAAGAAUCAAGCUCUAUACGCCAUAUACCGCCCUCUAUGAGCGAAAGAAGCAACUAACAUUAUCGUUGCAGCAUAACAGCGUUCUGCAGAACAGAUCCAUGUGGAUUGGUUCAUUUAUGCAAAUUCACUUAAGUUAUUUUGCAGAAGGGAACCAAGUGGAUUUUCUUUUAAAAUAACUGUUUUCUUGAAUUCACGGGACUUCCAGAACAAAUUAUUAAAUCCCAGUAAUUUCAUAUUAACAUUUUUUAGAUUAUACGCCUGAUUAUGUAACUCAAUAAUGGAAAAUAAAUGUUUGUUAACUUUGAAUUCCCUUAAGUUGUUUUGCAGAAGGGAACCAAACCACGAAAGUGGAUUUUUUUAAAACAACUGUUUUCUUGAAUUCACGGGACUUCCAGAUUUUGAAAUCGAACAAAUUGUUAAAUUCCAGUAAAUUCAUAUUAACAUUUUUUUAGGUUAUACGCCUGAUUAUGUAACUCAAUAAUGGAAAAUAAAUGUUUGUUAACUUUUAAUUCACGUGAAGUUGUUUUGCAGAAGGGAACCAAGCCACAAAAGUGUAUUUUUUUGUAAACAACCGGUUUUCUUGAAUCAAACAGUAUGUGUUAAAUCAAAUCUAAUGCAUAUAUUGACGAUUUUAAUGUUAAACCAUGAUUAUUUUUAAUAGAGAAUUUUAAAUUUUAUCGUAAAGUUUUUGGCUAAUAUCUCGGUUUUAACAAAGUGUGGCUUGGAUCCUUUCUGCAGAAUCCCGUCCAUUUAGUAGCUCGCAUAAUAGCCAUAAUCCGUUUAUAAAUAGUUUUCUGAAGAAAUAUUAAUUUUCUUUUCCCCUUUUUUUAUAUUAAAAUCCUUUUUCAUGUUCCAUGUUCUAUCGAAGGUUGGAAAUCAUUAUGUCUAUGCGGAGCCUGUUGACUACCGCUCUAAAUGGUUCUGCACUACUGGAUUUAAACCAUUUCCUCAAGUUCUUAAGACAGGAUAUUCUUCGUCGUCCUACAUUUCGCUUUCCUUGAAUUUUGCCUUACAUAAUAAGUUAUAAUAAUGAGUAUUUUUGCGCUUUUCACAUGUCCUAAGUACUCAAAUUUUCGUCUUUGGAUAGGUAAUGUUAUUUCCGCUGCAUUACCUGUCCUUGUAGUUACUUCCACGGUUGACAUUCUUUGAAUCCAUGAUAUUCGUAGGGUUAUUCUAUAAAACCAAAAUUCAGAGGCGACCAAUUUAUUCAGUUGUACUUGUCUUAGUUUCCACGCUUCGAAGUCUAAAAGAAGAGUAGAGAACAGGUAUCACCGACGAAUCCUUAGGCGUAGUUCUAACCUUGUAUCCUGACAACAAAGAAUUUUUUUAAGUUUAAUGAAUGAUGCUAUUUCAAUACAUGACUUAAUUUCUUUGGUUUGUCUACAUUUGAUGUUAUCAAUGUUCCUAAGUAUUUGUAGGUAUCCACACUCUCAAUUACAGUAUCGUCAAUAAUCAAUUGGAUGUUUGCUGCUGAUCAUGAGCGCCCAUAUAAAAAUUCUUAGGGGGGUCCAGACGUGAAGAUGUUGCACAUUAGAUUUUGUAUACCUUUGGAUGACACUAUACAGUUUAAAGCACCAGAAAAGCCCAUGAGUACGGGCACCUAUUAUCAUGAGGAUGAAUUUAGUUUUCUUCAAAUUCAUCUUCAGUCCGUAUUCAUAACAGCAUUCAUGGAGGCGUUACAGUACGUUCUUUAAAUAAUUUUUGUUAUCCGUCAUCCUUCUAUCGAAGAGUAGUGGAGACAGCGCGCAACUUUGGUGGACUCCUCUCUAUAUUUUGAUAUCUCGUGUGUUCUGGUUGUCAAUUCUUACCUUGGUGGUUUGAUUCCAAUGUAGGUUAGAUGUAAAUAAAAACCUGCCGGUGGCAAAAUCGUAUCUGCGCCAAAUGUACACAUGUUGUACGUUACAAUCAGUGAGCUGUAAGAGUAUGUAUCCGAUUAUUAUAUUUAGAAUGUCUAGUUUCUCAUGAAUGUCAUCAGUUAAUCGCUGUUACAACUACAUUUUUCUUCUCUAUUAGUUGUGCUUCCACUUUUGUUGUAUUUGUAUUGUUUUAAUGUUUCAAAACUUAACAGAUUUAGGAAUACAUCUUUUGUAACGAGUUACAAAUAUAUGGUAUAAAUUUAAGUUGGUUCUGUCUUGUGUACUGUGUAUGGUCAGAUCAUUUGUAGAGCUCAAAAUGUUUAAAGCAAUUGGUAGUAACGUUUAACAGUAUUAAAAAAAUGUGCAGUUUUAUUAUUUGAUUCAUAAUCUUUUCGUGAGACCUAAUAAUAAUUGAGUAUAUUUGGCUGCUCAAGGUUCCUAGCAACACACGGUAAUUUUUUAAUAAUAUCAUUAGAGGUUGUUUCUGGAAUUUCUGUUGGUAAGUGCGCAUGUAGGCUGAACAGUGUUUAACACAUUGGCUGCCAUAAUGUUAAAAAAAGUGGGUCCCUAGGUGCACGAGGCUCUUGUUUCUAUGCUUUUGAGACAACUACGGUCUGUCACGCGGCUGUUAUCAACAACAACAUGAACACAACAUUUAUGUCCCACGGCAGCCAACGUGUUAAAUAAUAAAAUACUUAUAAAUACAAGAUUAUGUUACAACAAGAAAGUCUACAAAUAUUACACAUUUCAGAUCAUUAUCAAUCUAUUUUACGCUUUUUAUUCAGUUGACUGGUGGGUAAAAUGUAUAUAAAACUAUGAAAAAAAACAUUGCGCAGCCUACAUAACUCCACAUUAAACGAUUUUUUCCAGAAACGACUUAUGUUGGGAAACUUGGUUAGUGAAAAUCUUGUCAAACCAAAGCAAUGAUUUAUGAAUGACACUGAUUACGUUUAAGCAAACUGUUACAUAGAUUAAAAAACAUUUUUAUGGUUUGGGUAGUCAUCAUUCGAAUCUCAAUAUUUAGAAUCUCUUGAAGUAAAGUGACAAUUUUUUAUGUUUGUGUGUAGUUUUUUGUUGUAAUGUUUAGGCUUUUCAAAAGGUAGCUUGUCAUAGAAAUAAUAAUUAUCACAAAGAUCGAGAUUUUGAUAAACUUGAUCUAAUAUUUAAAACUUGGGUCAUCUAUGUAAAACAUAUUUGAUAUUAUUUUACUCCAGGUAUAUAGAGAAAGUCGCUGGAUUUUGUAUGUAUUUUUGAUAUAUAGGGCGUUGCAAUAAUAGUAGCGGGACGGUCGAAUAUUUCACGAAAUGAACAUCUGAUCGAAAAACUGAAAAAUAUCUGUUUAAUAUUUCUCAAAAAUCUAUCGAAUGAUUCCAAACACGCCCCCCCCCCAUUCCAACCCCUGGAGGUGGGGGUAACUUUAAAAUAUUAAAUAGGAAGAAUCGCCAAUAAUUUUUAUUGCAGACAUUUUUUCGAAUUGUGGAUAGAUGGCGCUAUAAUCAGAAAAGCUAUUUAUCCUGAUACACAAAGUAAAUUAUAGAAACAGUCUAUCUUGGUCCUGGGGGUUGUUACCCCCGAUGAUGGGGUUGAUUUGUUAAAACACUAUUUACCAGAAUAUAUUUAUUUAGAACACUAAAUACGACAGUAACUAGUUGGUGGACAACGUCUCUGAUCUAACCACGUGGAUUUCUGAAUAAUUAAUAAUCUCUUUACUUUCUCCAUAUCUAUAAAUAAAUCGUAAUUGUUUUGUUAUGAUUGACUACACCUGAAUGUGACCGUGAAAACACUAAUAGUAACAAUUGCUGACUUCAGUGUUUUCAAAACGAGUGGGCUACAUUGCAAAACCAAUGUCACCCAUUUACGUAAUGUAAACAAUACAUGUAAAUAAUAUUUGUUUAAGACUUUAAAAAUUAAAUCGAUAUGGAUUACUCUUAUUUUUUUGGAUGCUAAUAUAAAUCCUGUACAAGUCUAAUAUCUCUAGAAAUACACUUCCAAAUGAAAAACCCAAAAUACGUGUUUAAUAUUUUUCACAAACCUAUCGAAUAACACGAAACACGACCCCCACUCCAUCCCAUGGAGAUGGGGUGAGGGUAACUUUAAAAUCUUAACUAGGAACCACCAUUUUUAUUGCAGAUUUGGAUUCCUCAUGAAAAAAUGAGUAUUUAUUCGAGACAUUUUUUAGAAUUAUUGAUAUAUGACGCUGUAAUUGGAAAAAUACGAUUUAUUAGUGCCAUCUAUCAAGAAAUCUAAAAAAUGUCUCGAAUAAAUGUUACUUACUUUUUUAUGAGGUAUUCAAAUCAGCAAUAAGAAAUGGGGGUUCCUAUUUCUUCUUCUUCUUCUUCUUGUCUUUUUUCCUUAUGCCUAUUAUGGCGUCGAAUAAGUUACCUAUUAGUUCCUAUUUAAGAUUUUAAAGUUACCCCCACCCCACCUCCAUGGGAUGGAGUGGGGGUCGUGUUGAGUGUUAUUCAAUAGGUUUUUGAAAAAUAUUAAUCGCGUGUUUUUUGAUUUUUGGAAGUGUAUUUCUCUAGAUAUUAGACCGUUUCUAUAAUUUACCCAUUAUAGGGUAUCAGGAUAAAUAGUUUUUCAGAUUAUAGCGCCAUCUAUCCACAAUUCGAAAAAAUGUCUUGAAUAAAAAAUGCUUAUUUUUGUGUAAGCAAUCUGAAUCUGCAAUAAAAAAUGUGGAUUCCUAUUUAAGAUUUUAAAGUUACCCCCCGCCACACCUCCAGAGUGUGGAGUGGGGUGUUGUGUUUUGUGUCAUUCGAUAUAGUCCAUGUGGUGAGACCGCCCCCGUCUGGAAAAAUUUCUGAUUCGGUUUCUUUGUGGAUUCCUAUUAAAAAAUGUCCCCUUUAAACAAAUCUGAAGGGUGCUGGGCGGAAUUUUUGGGCAGAAAUUGUUUAAACAAUUUUUUUAAACAAAUACAAACGAUCACGUUUUCUUGCUCCGGAACAUAUAUUUUAAGUUUUGUCGGUCAUUCCGAACAAGAAAGGUAUCUUGUAAAUUUUCUCAAAUAUUGAUAGUUUUCGAGUUAUGGGCGAUUUAAAAUCUGAAAAAUGCGAAAAUACGCAUUUUCGAGGCUUAAAAACUCAUAUUCAAAUUAGUAUUUUUGAGGUUGCCAGAUACUUAAAUUGAAGUCUAAAUUUUCAGAUUCUGAAGAGUGAUCGCGUCUAACUUUAAUUUAUACCGUUGUUUUUUAAUUGUUAAAUAUGCGUGUUUAUCCGAUUUUUUUGCCGGUGCGGCGCGCUCCAUUUCAAAAAUCUCCUAUUUUGCUCCAAAAAAUAUUUUUUCUAGAUUCUUUGGGACAUUCUAAAUAAAAUAAGUUUCUUUACAUUUUUUUCAAAAGUUAAUAGUUUUAGGGCCGGUUGUUCGAACGCUAAUCAACAAUUUAAUUACUGUCACCAAAACUGUCAAUGUCAACUUUUAUUGGGUUGCUGAAAACAUAAUUGAUUAAAAUUAUGAGAUUAGUUAAUCAAUUAACAUAACAAUUAUUAACAUAAUUGAUUAAGUAAUUUCAUAAUUAUAAUUAAUUAUGUUUUCAGCAACCCAAACAAAGUUGACAUUGACAGUUAAUGACAGUAAUUAAAUAUUUGAUAAUAAUCAUUGUUGAUUAGCGUUCGAACAACCGGCCAUUAAAGUUAUAAGCGAUUUAAAAUCCAAAAAUGCGUUUUUUUGUCAUUUUUCGGAUUUUAAAUCGCUUAUAACUUAAAAACUAUUAACUUUUGAGAAAAAUGUCAAAUAACUUAUUUUAUUUAGAAUGUCCCAAAGAAUCUAGAAAAAUAUUUUUCGGAUGGAAAUUGAAGAUUUUUGAAAUGGAGCGCGCCGCACCGGCAAAAAAAUCGGAUAAACACGCAUAUUUAACAAUUAAAAAACAACGGUACAAAUUAAAGUUAGACGCGAUCACUAUUCAGAAUCUUGAAGCUGAAUGUUCAGUCUUCAAUCUAAGUAUCUGGCAACCUCAAAAAUACUAAUUUAAAUAUGAGUUUUAAGCUUCGAAAAUGCGUAUUUUCGCAUUUUUCAGAUUUUAAAUCGCCUAUAACUCCAAAACUAUCAAUUUCUGAGAAAAAUUACAAGAUACCUUUCUUGUUUAGAUUGACCCAAGAAAUCUAAAAAUAUAUGUUCCAGAGCAAAAAAACAUGAUCUUUUGUAUUUGUUAAAAAAAAUUGUUUAAACAAUUUCUGCCCAAAAAUUCCGCCCGGCACCCUUCAGAUUUGUUUAAAGGGGACAUUUUUGAAUAGGAAUCCACAAAGAAACCGAAUCAGAAAUUUUUUUCAGACGGGAGCGGUCUCACCACAUGGACUAAUAGAUUUUUGAAAAAUAUUGAAAAGGUAUUUUUCAAUUUUUUGAUCCGAUGUAUAUUUCUCCAGAUAUUUGACCAUCCCGCUACUUUUUGAACACCCUAUAUAACAAGACCUACCUACAGCUGUACUAUAAGAGCUGAAAAUUUACUAGUGGUUGACUUUCUCUGUAUAUCCAUUUUAAGUUAUAUUGUUUGAUAAAGUUCAAAUAAUAGUUAAUGAGAUUGUAUAGGAUAUUUUAUGCCACAAUGGAUUUUAGUUCUUAUAAACAUGAAGAGGAAUCAGCCAAAAGUUGAUUGUUUUUGUCUUGAUUUUUAAAAGUUUAUGAUAUAUAUUUAUGCACAUUUCAAGAUAUUAAAUUGAUAAGCAGUUCAAACACUUUUGUGUUUGAUUGUGAGGUGGCAAGAAGAUUAUUGCGAUUGAUAAGAGAUGUCCAUCUUUUAACAGGAAAGUAACUGGAUAUCGUUAUCAAUUUUUUUGAGACAAUUAGGACGUUUUUUGAUCUCAAUGAUUUCUUUAAUAUUCCUUGGUUCAUAAACCAAGCCCAUAGUGAUGUUUUUUUAUCUUUCUUUCUUAAUGUUGUUCUGAAGCUAUUUCCUUGUGGCAUUUUUAUGAUUAACUGUUUCGUGGGAAAUAAGCCACAAUUAAAUUGAAAAAAUAAUUUUAUUAACGUUUCGAAGCCCAAAUCGGAUUUCGUUGUCAAAAUACAAAAUAGUACUAAAAUAAACAAAAAUGUUGUUGCUAAGUAAAAAAAAUUCUAAUAAUUUAUUUAAUCUGACUCAUUUAUAUUGGCAAUUCAGACGUAUAUUAUACAUUUUAAAGUAGAAGACUUUAAAAUGAUAUCGCCAAUAUUUAUGAGUUGCGUUCCUGGGACGACUUUACUAAAAGAUAGUUCAUUCGAUUACAUGAAAUCAAUCCCAACUCAAGAAUAUCCGUCACAAAAAAAUCAUAGCAUGUGAUUUGUCUUUCAAAAGACAAACAAAUGCAACGAUGACAGUAAAAUUCUCGCGUUAGAGAUUCCAUAGUAAAUCACGAGGGAAAACCAGGAAAAAACCUCGUGAUACUAUCCCGACAUCGUAAGUAUUUGGUCUUACAUUUAAUUUACUUUCAAAAAAACUAAUACCAAAUUCUGACUUUAACAUGUUUAUAUUAUAAAUAAUAUCAUUAAUACAUAGAUAUACAAUAAGUAAUACUAAAAUAUAAAAUUUGUACUAACUCGAUAUGUUAUUGACUUACUAAUCGUGGUAUUUUCUUGCUAUUGACUUCCUCUUUCAGUAUGGGUAACCACAUCCUACUGCAUUCUACCGAGGAAUUUGCGACACAAUUGGUUUCAUUUAGCAUAAUUAGAGCCGCUUCUUUGAUUUUUCUCUUUUUACUAUCUGAUUCUUUCAGGACUAUACUUGAAUCUGUCCACUAAAUUUUUACUGCCAUCGUUGCAUUUGUUUGUCUUUUUAAAGACAAAUCACAUGCUAUGAUUUUUUUGUGACGGAUAUUCUUGAGUUGGGAUUGAUUUCAUGUAAUCGAGUGAACUAUCUUUUAGUAAAGUCGUCCCAGGAACGCAACUCAUAAAUAUUGGCGAUAUCAUUUUAAAGUCUUCUACUUUAAAAUGUAUAAUAUACGUCUGAAUUGCCAAUAUAAAUGAGUCAGAUUAAAUAAAUUAUUAGAAGAAUUUUUUUUACUUAGCAACAACAUUUUUGUUUAUUUUAGUAGUAUUUUGUAUUUUGACAACGAAACCCGAUUUGGGCUUCGAAACGUUAAUAAAAUUAUUUUUCAAUUUAAUUGUGGCUUAUUUCCCACUAAAUAGUUAAUCUUUCUUUCUUAAUAGAUAUUGGAGGAAAGAUUGGAUAAAUGUUAUAUUAUUGGUAUCUAUACUAAAUUUACAUUCAAGAUGCGUAGAAAUAAACAAACCAAGACACGUUAAAUGCUACUAGGAGCACUCCCGAAUCAUAAUUUACAAUGUAUAAACUUUGGAAAUCAUGAUUUGGGAUUUACAAUGUAUAUACAUUGUAAAUUAUGAUUCGGGAGUGCUCCUAGUAGCAUUUAACGUGUCUUGAUUUGUUUGUGUCUACUGCAUCUUGAUUGUAAAUUUAGUUUAGUUCUAACUCCCGGAAAGGUUUUAUGAGUAAAUUAUUUUUGUUUACAAAAAUUGCUUCUUAUAUUGUGUGAAACAUAAAAAAAAACAUUAUUUGCUUGCUAAAAAUAUUUUAUUUUUGUGUUGUUAACUUCUUAGUUCUAGUCUGUCAAUAGCCUGUUUUGCCAUUACUCAUGCAACGAAAUACAGACUGUUUUCUGUUGGAUUAGAUAUUACCCAUUGCAGGAAGCGCUAAAAUCGGCAACAUUGCUUAUGAGAAAGAGUUACAUUGUCAUUGUAGAAUGACGAAUGACAAUGAAUCCGCGCGAAUCAGGUGCAUUACGUGGCAAGCAGUGUUGCCAUGUAUAGGGUAUACAGGGUGAGUCACCACUAACGGGACGGAAGAUUACAGCGAAAUGGUAACAGAUUUGAAAAUUUUUUUAAAUUAAUAGUUUGUAAGUUGAUAAAAGCUACAUUUUAAAAUUCUUUUGAAAUAUACAGAAUGUGCCAAUAAAUAGCGGCGUAUCAAAGUUUAAUUUUUUCUUAUGGAACACUCUGUAUUUUAUUACAUUUUUUAAUUGUCCGCAAAAAAUAAGUUAUAGUUUCAUAAGACUUCCCUAUACCUAUGUACAGAGUGUUCUGAGUUAUGUUGACUUUUCUCAAAAUGUAAAGUUUUAAAAUAAGGCUUAUUCUCAAGUUUUUAAGAAAUUAUAAAAAUAUUACUUUUACAUAUAAAUAGUUGGAUAUUGGUUGAAUGUAUUCCAUGAAUAAUUAUUACACAUAUGUCUACAGGGUGUUCAAAAUUUACAGUUUCAUUAUUGAAGUAUUCAAUGUGUCAUAUGUUGCUUAUUUUUAAUAGGACACCAUGUAUAUUAAUAAAUAAUUAUACUAAACAAAUUUACCUAUUUCGAAUGGUAUAUGGAUGUCCUAUACCUAGGUCUCAUAGUUUUUGCGUAAUUUACAAUUAUUUAAAUUCUUAAUCUAUAAAUCGAUUUUAAAACAAAAGAUGAAGUUAAUUAAUGUCAUUGUAUGACAUUGUUAUUUUAUAACAAUACGGUCUGGUAAUUAUCUUAUAAUUAAUGUAUUCCAUGAUUGAUUAUUACAUAUUUAUUUACAGGAUGUUCAAAAUUUACAGUUUCAUUAUUGGAUUAUUCAAUGUAGCGUAGCAUAAUAUGAUGGUUAUUUUAUUAGAGCACCAAGUAUAUUAAUCAAUGAUUAUACUAAACACAGGUUCCUCUUUCGAAUGGUAUAUAGAUGUUCUAUAACUAGGAGUCAUGGUUUUUGCGUAAUUUACAAUUUUCUUAAACGGUACAUCGAUUUUAAAAAUAUUUAUAGUCACUCUCGAUUUUUAAACCCAUUAUCUUGGCAUAGUUGUUAAGAGUGUAGUUGUAAAUAAAUAUGUAGAUAUAUUUUUAUUUGCUGAUUUGUAAAAUACAUUUUUUCGUUAUUGAAAAUAACUAAAUACAAAACGAAACAUAAAGAAUCUUAAUAAAACAAAUACAUAAAUAAUAAAAAAUGAACCACAACUAACUAUAAUAUAAGUAAAAAAUUAUCAGUUAUGUAAUACAUGUUCAAAAUGUUUAUACAACAAGCGAUGUUAAAUGAUUUGUUUACAUUAUUUAGCAUAGCUGGUGUUAUAGACGCAAAAGCGUUCGAAAUUCUUAAUUUCAUAGAAAUAUCAUCUGAAGUAGUAGGGUAGGAAGUGUAGCAUUUACAAUAUUUUUAAUAAAUAUAACCCUAUUUAAAAAAAUUCAUCUUGGUCAAUCCUGGUGACCUAGGUGGCCAAAUAUAUGGACCGGAGCUCCGUCCAAUGGGAGCCACAUGUUUGUUCCCACGCUAAGUGGAAGGUUUUAAGAAGGAUCCAAAAAACUUCUUCUAAGAAAUUUAAAAAAGUUGCUCCAUUCAGAUUUUUGUGAUAAAAAUAUGGGUCGAUAACGUACUCGCUCAGAAUAGGUACUGCCCCAAACAUUAACACUUCAUCGAUGUUGGCGAUCAACAGUAAAAUGUUUUUUUAGUGUAUCAUAAUAAAAUAACAGCUAUGUCUAUUAACUAGACGAUUAUUAUGAAAAGUAGGUAGAUUCGUCUGUACACAAUACAAUCUUAAAAAAAAACAGGAUCUCCAAAUUUUAAAGUCUAUAAACGAAAAGUUAAACGUUCCUGUUCUGUCUAAUGCUGGUGAAAUUGAGUUUUUUAUGGAUGAUAGUGGUCUUUCUUAUGUAUUCUACAUACACUCGUUUGACUGAUUUCCAAUUGACUCGAAAUUUUUCACGUACUAGUAUUUGGAUUUUCCAUAACAGAAAGCAGGACAUCAAGUUCGUUGACGUCAUCAAAAAUAAAUGGUUUAUUUUUAUUUAACUUUUAGUGGCUAUGCAACAUUACCAGUAGCACGGAAUCUAUCGAGAAAUCUCUCAAAAACGUCCUUUUUUGGGUGUCUUCUAUCAGGAUACUUUUAGGCGUAAACUUUAGAAGCUAAGAGGCAAUUUAAAAAUAUUCCCCAAUGCAAAGUAGCGUGUCUACUCUUUCAUAGAUAGCGUGAUUAUUCAUUUUUAGGGACAAUAAAAUUUGAAUGAAAUUGGCUCUGCCGAAGCCAUUUUUGAGUAAAAAAAAAAUUGAAUAUCAUACACGGAUGUUUAUAGGUUUGAUAAUUACCAGACCGUACUGUUAUAAACUGACAAUGUCAUACAAUGACAUUAAUUACCUACAUCUUUUGUUUUAAAAUCGAUUUACAGAUUAAAAAUUUAAAUAAUUGUAAAUUACGCAAAAACUAUGACACCUAGGUAUAGGACAUCCAUAUACUAUUCGAAAGAGGUAAAUUUGCUUAGUAUAAUUAUUUAUUAAUAUACAUGGUGUUUCAUUUAAAAUAAGCAUCAUAUAACACAUUGAAUACUUCAACAAUGAAAUGUAAAUUUUGAAUACCCUGUAGACCAGUGUGUAAUAAUUAAUCAUGGAAUACAUUCAACCAAUAUCCAACUAUUUAGAUGUAAAAGUAAUGUUUUUAUAAUUUCGUAAAUAACUUGAGAAUAAGCCUUCUUUUAAAACUUUACAUUUUAAGAAAAGUCAACACAACUCAUAACACUCUGUACAUACUUAUAGGGAAGCCUUAUGAAACUGUACCUCAUUUUUUGCGGACAAUUAAAAAAUGCAAUAAAAUACAGGGUGUUCCAUAAGAAAAAAUAUAACUUUGAUCCGCCAUUUAUUGGAACACCCUGUAUAUUUCAAAAGAAUUUUAAGAUGUAGCUUUUAUCAACUUACAAACUAUUCAAUUUAAUUUUUUUUUCAAAUCUUACCAUUUCGCUGUAAUCUUCCGUCCCGUUAGUGGUGACUCACCCUGUAUAUCUAAUUUAAAACUAACAGAAAGUAAGGUUAUUAUACCAUAUUUUAAAUUCAUAUACACAUUCCUAAACAGAAUCCAUUGUGGUAUCAAUGACUAUCCGUGUACGUUUUAAGUAUUAUGUUUGUAAUUGUUUUCCGUCCAAUUUUAUUUUGUAUUAUUUAUUUUUUAUAUGAUUUUUUUUAUAUGAAUUUAUACGUUCUUCCAAAGUAACGGACUAGACCUAAAAAUCUACGAAUCAUAUUAGUUUUAAAAUAAGUGCCUUUGGCAUUUUGUUUAAGUGGUAGCAAAGAAGGAAUAAUUUUCCAGUUUUUAUUUUAGUUUUUACACUAGCCUAUGGUAAAUAUAAAUUAUACUUGUAUAUUAAGAACUUUUUUACAAAUAAAGUGUUAUUCUAAA